ACUCCAUUAUUAUAUGGACAGCAAUAACAUCUAUACUCGGGAAAAACAAUUGACCGACCUACAUCAAUCACCAAUGUUUAUUUAGUUUUCGAUCCUAAAGGCCAUGAUGAUCAUUUCAGAAUCUCCUUUUGAUUCAUCCAUCAAAUACAAGACUCCACCAGGUUCUAUUUUUCCUUCUUUUUUUCUUUGCCAUUCCCCCCCUUUCAUUUUUCUGAUAUCAAACAUGCAAGAGUAUAGAAUUGAAAUACCUUGAUUAGAACCUCCAGUAAAUUACACUGAUUUAGUUUAUGUGAAGAUGAAAAGAGAUGAAUUUGAUGCUAAUUGUGAUGUUAAAACUAGGGUUUAUUGAUGGUACUAGUAGCAGUAGUUUAUUGGGUCUUCAUCAAAGACUCUGCAUUUCUUUGGAAUAAACAUUUCUGCUGUUGCAGGAACAGCUUUCAGUCUCCUCAAGUUGUUACUGGGAUUUUUUUAUUCCAAAUGGAAAGUGUUAUUUCUUCAUUGCUUCUUGCAGUUCAAAAUCAGCAUGCAGUUAAUGAAGAUGACGGCCCCUGGACUUCCAGUUAUAUAUGGAGGAUCGAAAACGUUUCCAAACUGAACGAGGAUGAUCAUUUCUCUCCUAUUUUCAGUAUAGGUCCUGAUAAAUGGCGAUUGCUGGCAUUUCGCAGGGGAUGCGAGGUCAACGGUUACUUAUCAGUCUACGUGGUUGCAAUUAAAUGUAAGAAUUCGCGAAAUGCGAAAUUCAAUUUGGCCAUUGUUGAUCAAACUUAUAACCAUAACUCAUUGAGAAAAGAUACAGAAGACCAGAUUUUCCGCUUCACCGAGGAUGAAAGUGAUUGGGGUUUUGAUGACUUCAUACAGUUAAAGGAACUUAAAGAUCCUAGAAACGGGUAUAUCGUGAAUGAUGCUUGCAUCAUUGAAUGUAUAAUUUCAGCACAUGACUCUAUCGAGGAUGUGGUAUUUGAAUCCAUUGAGAGGGAUUCAGCUUUUGUCUGUGCAUUUUGCCAAACCUCCAAAGUAUCAGAGAAUUCUGGAUCAAUUUUGCAUUUUGCCAGUAGAAAAGAAGUAGAAGAGGAUGAGGCAUCUGGACCAAAUGUGGUACAUGUUCACCAAAAAUGCGCAGAGUUGGCGCCUAGAGUUUAUUAUGCUGGUGAGAUUGUUAUGAACUUGGAGAAGGAACUGGCUAGGAGUUCUAAGCUUAAAUGUAGCUGCUGCGGGUUAAAGGGUGCAGCUCUUGGAUGCUUUAAACGCUCCUGCAAGAAUACGUAUCACGCUCCUUGUGCAUUGGGUACUUCUGAUUGCCAGUGGGAUGAUGAAGGUCAUCGAAUGUUAUGUCCAAGCCAUUCUGGUAUGAAGUUUUCACAUGAGAAAACCAAGAAGGAGAAGAAGCUAGUGAAAGACAAUUCUUCAGCUGUUCAAAGGUUGAGUAUGCUGAAGAAAGAAAAGGUGAUAGCGAAGAAGAAGAAAAGUCGUUAUAGUCGGACGGGGUGAAGGUGCAGAUGAUUGAGAGAUGGUUGAUAUUGCUAGUAAUGGUGAUGAACAAUGGAGGAGGGAGAGAAGCUAGCAAAGGACUAGUUUAGUGAUUCCAAAGCAUCACCUUUAUACUACUUUCUUGGACCUGUGUCUGGACUUUUAAAUCAUUUUUUUUGUUUUGUUUUUUGAAGCAUGGGUUGAAAUUAGUUACUUGUUCAUCUGAAAAUUAAAAUGGGAAAAAUAAAAGAACAGAAUCGGUUAAGAGUUGUUCGUUUUAUUUGCUUUG